AUGAUUUUAAUGUAUGUAUAUAUUAAGAUAGUUUCAAUUACAAUUGAGAAAAAAUGUUCAAUAGAUGAUGAUUGUGAUCUUGAAUUAAUGUGUAAUAUUGAAAGUCAUACUUGUACAUGUCCUCAACCAUAUUUUUGGCAUGAAGAUAUUCAUGCUUGUUAUGGUUGUGCUCCUGGUUGGUUAAAGCUACAAACAAAUAAAUGUCUUCUAUUUGCUAUCAGUAAUUCAUCAGGUGUUACAUGGUAUAAAGCUAAGAAAACUUGCAAAUCAUUGAUUGCUCAACCAUUGAUGAUUAAUAAUAUCCAUGAAUUUAUAGCUUUGCAAAAUCUAAUUGAAUAUUUAUUAAAUGGAAAUGAUGAAUUAAUUGCUAGUCUUUAUUUUUAUCAAGAAUGGUCAGAAUUAUAUACAUGGUGUAAUAAUGAUGAAAAAGAAGAUUUUUUUGAUUGUAUACAAAUACGACAAAAUAGUAUAACAAAUACUAUCUGUCUUCAAUAUGUAUCAUGUAUUCAACAAUCUCAGUAUAUAUGUGAAGCAUCACCUCUCAUUCAAUCUAAAUUAGAAACAAAUAAAGCUGAGAUAGAACGUUCAGAGAUAAACCUUAGAGCUAAAGUACCAGCUGUAACGACUAAACGUACUACUUUACGAACAACUAUAAAAACAACUGCAAAAACAACAACAACAACCAAAAAGACUGGUUCGAAUGUUAAUAAUGUUGUAGAUGCUCUCACAGGUGGAAUUAAUGCUGCCGGUCAAAUUUCUAAUGCAUUAGGAAAUUCAUUAAUAAUAGAAAAUACCAAUAAUAUCAAUGACCAACAAUCAGUACUUGGUCUUUCAUCUUCUGGUGAUGACAAUUCAAAUAAAGGCUUGAACAAUAUUCUACUUUAUGGUGGUAUUACUAUUGGUAUUAUUACAUUAAUAAUCAUAACAAUCAUUGUAAUUUAUUGUAUAUCAAAAAACAAAAAUUCUUCAAAUAGUAGAACAAGUUUUACAAGUGUUGUUAGUCAAGAAUAA